GGAGGAACAGGAGACGUGGUCACACAUCAUAAUGGCGAUAGACGCACCACCCUUCGCCCCCGCGGCGGCUGCGAUCGGCCAAGGCGCGACGGCCAUGGCCGCGUACGCAGCAAAAGGAAGGCGUGGAGUGCGAUCACGCGACGGCCGCAAGCGCCGGGGGGUCGUCGAGGAGAGCGGCGGCUGGGCGUCGCUCCCCAGCGACAUGGUUCGCCUCGUCGCCGCGUGGGUGCUGGUCACCGGGGACGUGGUGGACUACCUGGUCCUCCGCGCCGUCUGCUCCGGUUGGCGAGCAUGCACGCCCGACGGCCGCAUUGGAAGCCUAGGGAGAAAGAAGCAGCUGUGCCUCCGCCCGCGCGGCUGGGUCGCGCUUUGCGACGGCGACGCGGUGCGCCCGGACGGCGCCCGCGCGGUCACCUUCUUCAAGCCCAGCACCGGCCGCCGCCUCCGUGUCCGCCUCCCGAACCUCCGGGGCUACAGGAUCGUCGCCAUUAGCGACGGCCUCCUCGUCCUGCUCCACAAGCGCACCACCGCCGUCCGCGUGCUCCACCCCUUCACCCGCGCAGUGCUCGACCUCCCGCCCAUCGCCCCGACCUUCCGCGUGAUGGCAGGGAGCCGGGACUCUCUCCUCCGCAUGAACGCCGCCGUCUGCAUGAACGCACCGACCCGCGACUACUCCAUCGACGUCGUGGCCUGGUUCCCGGGGACAAACGCCGUGCUCUGGGCCAAGCCCGGCUACGCCAACUGGGACGCCAUCUACCUCGACGUCGAGCUCCAGAGCGUCCUCCUUUUCCGCGGCCGUCUCUACGCCACCACGUGGACAUCGGCCAACAUCCUGCAGGUGUACCCUCCGAGCAAGGACUUUCCUGUGGACACCCCCAUCCCCGACGAGCUCGGGAGCCCAUCGUCGUGCCGCUACUUCCUCGUCGAGUCCAACGGCCGCAUGCUGCUCGCUGUUCGGCAUUAUGUCUACGCGUACAAUGCGCCGUCGCUCACCGCCUUCAAGAUCUUCACGGUGGACCUGGACCGCCGGCAGCUGACCCCCGUGAGCAGCAUCGGCGAUAGUGCGCUGAUCCUCGGCCAGGACAGGUGCCUGUCCGUCUCGGCCAGCCACUUCCCGUCCAUCACCGGAAACUCUGUCUACUGUUCCUAUUACCUAUGCUCCUCGGCAUUCGGUGUCCAGCUACACUCCCUGAGCAGUGGCUCCACCGAGAGGCCAUCGGCGUGGAACCUCUUACGCGACGACAUGGAGAUGAUUGCCUCAGCGCGGCCUUUCACCAUUGCCGACCAUCUUGUCACAUACUGCAAUCAUCUUGAAUGGGCAAGAGGACUCAUGUUUCAUGAGUAUCACAACAUACUUGAUAGCUUCGUGGAACUAAAGAAGAAAAUCAGGAAGCAAGAUGCAGAGCUGCGUAUUCCAUUUGGUGAGGCCAGGAAGAGGACGGGCAAACCAUCUACUCUCUAUUUCAAAUAG